AUGGACGAAUACUCGACCAAGGGCCUCGACCCCGCUCCCCCCGUCUCCAUGACCACCAUCCCGAUGGCCGGCAUCCUCGUCGACGUCUACGGGCAGGACGAGCUCGCCAGCGCCGACAUGCCGCUGACCUGUCUGUGGCUCCUGCACCCGCGCACGCGGACAAGAGCCCGGAUGCGGGACAUUGCUUGCCGCACCGUCGAUGCAUGGCACCGCUCGGCCUCGUCCCCGGCGUCGUCCCAGGGCGCCCGCGGCCUCGUGGCGCUCGCGUUCGACAUGCCCAACCACGGCACGAGGCUCGUCAGCGAACUCGCCAACCGCACCUGGGACGAGGGCAACGAAAGGCACGCGCUCGACAUGGCGGGCAUCGUCAAGGGCUGCGUGGGCGACCUGAGCGCGCUGAUGGACCUCGUGGCCGGCUAUCUGGGCAGACGGGUCGACGCCCACGUCUGUCUGGGCUGGAGCCUUGGCGGCCACGCGGCCUGGUGGUCGUGGUUUGUCGAGGACCGCAUCGACGCGGCGGUUGCCGUCGUCGGGUGUCCCGACUAUCUGAAUUUGAUGGGCCGUCGGGCCAGGGGUUCGGGUCUGGAUGCGGGAGACGCCUCGCUGCUUGGGAGUCGGUACUUCCCGCGGGACCUGCUGGCGGCGUGUCGCACGCGCGAUCCCAAGUCCAUUCUGUUCGGGGCGGAUGGCGAGCCGGUGCCGUCGCCGCCGCUGCCGGAGGGCGAGCGGCCGCGGCUGCGGGAGGUCCUGGAUGCCCGCGUCAAGGGGAAGAAGCUGCUGGCCUGUUCGGGGGGCGAGGACGUGCUGGUGCCGUAUGCGUCUUCGAGCCCGUUCUUGGGCGUGUUGAAGGAUGCGGCUGAGGGGUGGUACCGGGACGGCGAGGUCGUUGUCGAGGACCGGGUUUAUGCCGGCGUUGGGCACCGGUUCAGCGCGGACAUGGUGAGGGAUGCGGUUGGCUUCUUGGUGCGUGUGGUUGCGGACGGGCCGAGGAGGCGGGCCUCCGGAUCACGUCUAGCCGAGUGA